AGUUUACAGUUCUCAUUUUAGUUGCACUACUAUUUUUUCAGGCAGCUGUAUAUGGCCUUGGCGUUUGUGCAGAGUUCGGUGGGCCUGUAUUUAAACAUCUUGUCGGAGAGGCUCUUUCGAGGUUAAAUGUUGUGAUACGGCAUCCCAAUGCCCUGGAACCUGAUAACAUCAUGGCAUAUGAUAAUGCUGUUUCUGCUCUAGGAAAAAUAUGCCAGUUUCAUCGUGACAGCAUAGAUUCAGCUCAGGUUGUUCCUGCAUGGUUAAACUGCUUGCCAAUUAAAGGUGAUUUGAUCGAGGCGAAAGUUGUUCAUGAGCAGCUUUGUUCGAUGGUGGAGAGGUCAGACAGGGAAAUUUUGGGGCCCAACAAUCAAUAUCUCCCAAAGAUUGUUGCAGUAUUUGCUGAGGUUCUAUGUGCGGGUAAGGAUCUAGCAACAGAACAAACUGCAAGCCGAAUGAUUAAUCUGCUAAGGCAGCUUCAGCAGACCUUACCACCAGCUACCUUGGCCUCUACUUGGUCCUCCUUGCAGCCCCAGCAGCAGCUCGCAUUGCAGUCUAUCCUCUCGCAAUAGCGCCAUUGACGAAAAGGCAGCAUCUUGCUGUGUGUUGAGGAGACACUGCUUUGUCUGGUCUUUCUGUGUGUGAAAUAUAUUUGUCACCCAUUCUUUUCCAUAAGAUGGUUCCACCAUUCCUUGGGCAUGAUGCUUUACAGCAAGCCGGCAUCAGUUUGAGUGUGAUAGUCAUCACUGCGAUUGAAACGAUCCGUUUUUGUAGAAUGUGUAUAGUUCAAGUGUUACUUAUACUUUUAUAGCGUGGUUUUGAGUCCAUAAGAGAAGGGUAGGGAACUGUGAUUUUUGAGAGAUUUUUUUUUUUCUCCCCUUUUCCCCAUUUUCUGCAAGGUUGGUGCGUGAGAUUGAAGGGUUGCCAGGGAGGCAAUUCCUGUCGCAGUUUUGGCCCAUUGUGUUUAUCAUUUCAUACACUCAAGAAUAUUCUUCCGAAUUAUUAAUGGUGAUUCUUUUAUUA